AUGGAGUACGAACACGACAUCCCCAAAUCCAACGAAGACACCUCACCUUCGCCCCUACCUCUCACUCUCCAGGUGGACUUUUCGUGGAAGAAAUAUCGAAGCAUCAUCACCGACAAAGAAAACCCUACUGAGCCCAUCUACAACGUCCACUACGGGGCAUUCAGAUCCCCACACCUCACCUUCAAGUCUGCCGACGACAAGGAGGUCGUGGGCACGGGUACGCUGCAGGUGAUCUCGAUCAAUGCCAAGUACGAAGUCCAUGGGCGCGCAGGAACACUCAAGGCCCUAAAACGGCUCAAGACUCGAUACACGCACCUGUCGUACGCGUAUUCGGACGACCCUGACACCCCCGUGGCCAUGAACUGGAGGAGCAGCUGUGGCCUGAAGAGAUGGGACUUUGUGUGCUUGGACGAGGCCGAAAACCCGGUGGCCAAGUUCUCGGUGAACGUCUGGGCCCUGCGCAAGAUGGGUCAUUUUGAAUUUUUGGGUGACAAGGCGAGCAGCAACGUUGCGCUUCGGGAUGAGCUUGUGGUGACGGGGUUUACACUGUUCUACAUGAUGUACCUGAGGGCGAACAACAUUCUGUCGUUAUUCGGGGCUGCGUUUGCGAAACCGGGGCCGAUUGACAUUGAGAAGGAAAAGGAAAAGGAGCAAGGGAAAGUCGCUGAUGUGGUGAAAUGA